AUGACUGGCUCGCCUUCAGGACGCAAGCUUUUUGUGGGCGGCCUGCCUCCUAAGGUCGACGAGAAGGCUCUGAGAGAUGUGUUUGCUCGUUUUUGGCACAUCGAAGAAGGUUUGUGAACAUCGGCAUGGCUCAAUUCACCUUAGACUUGUGACAACUUGGCGUUAGAUUUGCUUCCUGCCUAAUGCGCGAUUAAUACUGUAGGAUCCUUCAAUCUAGAGUUAAAUCGAGACAAGUUUAAACUUCAGCAGCACCAGAUAAUUAUAAUGGUAUAAAACCGUAAAACAAUUUCUUUAAAAGGAAUCAUCGUGUUACGUUAUUAGAUUACCAUAUUGCAUGUUCAACUGUCUUAAACCUUAAUUUCUUGACCAUCCUCAUAAUUAGUGAUAUCGAUUUGUUCGAGGUUCUUUCUGUGGAAAAUGAUGAAAUUUUAGCGGACUGGCAAGGGUACAAUUUUUGAACUGAUUUAGAAGCAAAAACAGUGGCGACCAUGAGAGUUUUGAAACUGUAAUCGAUUCCGGGUGAAUGUUAAUCCCAUACUUCAAAGUAGGUAACAAAGGCAAGUUGCUGGAGAGUAGCAAGGUCUUUAGUGGUUCUAUAAACAUGUUUUAACACAUACCAACUACCAGAAUCGUACAAAUGACUUGUUCAGAGCAUCGGUUUUACCAAUGAGUUAAGCUUUAACAUAUUAACUUUACAGAUUGAUAAAAUAUGAUUUAUUUUAGCUGACUUGCACUCUUUGAAACCUGAAGAUGUAUUUGGGGAGGGGGGGGGGGUUGGAUUGGGUGAGGGUUAAACAGCCAUAGUAUUAAUGAUAAUAACACUCUAAUUCUCUUAAUGCUUCCAAACUUAGUUAGCCUCUGAAGCCACUUAUCACAGCAGAAGACUGAGUUUUUUUUUUGUAUUUACCAGCGAUAAUUGUAACUGACCGUGAGACACACAAGAGCCGUGGCUUUGGAUAUGUGGUGUUUAGUAAUCCUGAGGAUGCAAAAGAGGCAAUUUCAACAAUGGCUGGCGAACGUGGCAAGGUUUGUAUCCUUAUGAUUGAAUUUUUAUAAGGGUGAAAAAGUGCAAAAAUGUGACAGGGCUGCAUUAAAAAAUGUUACUUUUACACAAGGCUGGCUAUGAUUGGAGAAAGGAAUUGACUGUGAGAAGGUUUUGAGAACUUUAUUAAACCUUUACACUGUAACAUCGGUAGGCACAUUCUCCAUACUGUUCUCUAUACAUUUUCUUAGGUGUGUACAAGGGCGAUUUGUUCAACAAUCAAGAGCCUUUUUAGUUGGUGACCAUUUCCAUUAUUCUUGAUCUUAAUAUUUGAUUCAAGGGUAAUAUUAGGAGAAGGAAUUAGUACUCAGUGCUCCCAUUUAAUCCUUUAAUUCCCAAGAUUUCAUUAGUAAUUCUCCUUACUGUCCACUGUACAAUUUAUGUAAUGUUAGUUUCGAGAAUUUGGAAUUGGAUCAACCAAUAAUUCCCUAAUCAAUAUUUUCUUUAUUCUCAUUACUUGUCUGCUUGAUGUCAUAUUGACAGUGUAUGGAGAAAUUCUGUCUAGGUCACCAGUGGGACUUAAACUGUUAAAUAGGGUAUAGAGAGGUAGUUCUUUCAUCCUCGGUGACCUUUAAAAUGGACACUAGGAUGGGUGAUAUACAAUGUUCAAGCUCAUCUAAAUCCAAGAUGGUGUCUAAUUAUUGAUCAAGAUGCAUGUUCUGCAUUUUGGAAAUUAAACAAACUUGACAAGGAAGUUUGCUGCGGAUUUCUCUUUGCAAAUCUUUUUAAUUCACUAUAUCUCUAUGUAUGGUUAUGAUGAAGCCUUCUAGUCGCCAAUUUGGUGACUACUUUUCAGGAUUUGGUUGCCAAAGUGAAAACUUAGUAGCAUUGGCGCCUAUAUCAGGCGCAAUUUCACGCCCUGUUUGGGGAAGGACCUCCUGUUCUUAGGGAGGUCUGCACUCAUUUAGGAAAUUUGGAGGCUCCUGCACUGUGAGGACUUCUUUUCCCCCUGCUUUGUUGCCUCUUGAAGUCAAACAAUUUGAACAAAUGUGAAGUGAAUUGCUUAUGCACAUGUAUGGUGAUGUUUGUGUAAAGGUCACAAGCUCAUAGCCACCUCAUGUCAGGCAGGUAUGGGUAAAUCUACUCAUACCUGUGGCUGCUCUUGAAACCCUUGAACACAUUUUAGAUAACAAAACAGUAGUGUUAACCUGGUUAGUUAAAUUUUCUAUCUUUCAAACAUUGUUUUUUUUUUCGGCAUCAGUGAUGUAUGAACCCUAUGUUGGAAGGGUUUGGAGGAGGUAAUCUUGCAUGAGAUUUUCUGUGGAGCUUAUUCAGUGGAACUAAAAAAUAUAACAACUCAGCAGCAGUUGUGUUUAUUUGUUUGGUCAAUCUUUGGUCAAUCUUUUUUUCCUUUAGAAAUUUUUCAACCAUGAAAUGACCCUUGAGUAUGCAAAAGAUAAGGAUUCUGCGGCACCAAGAGGAAGAGGAGGGCGUGGAGGUGGUCGUGGAGGGUUCAGAGGAGGCUAUUCAGAUAGAGGUCGUGGACCACCUCCAACACGUGGCCCUCCAUUCAGAGGGCCUCACCCUGGUGAACGUGGUCCUCCCGGAAGGUCAGCUUUUAAAUCUGUGUCCUGAUUUUUUAAUGGGGAAAGAAAAAUGACAGCAAAAAGUAAUAGCUUAUAGAAAAGUGUUUUGUUGCUGAUUGGUAGAAAAUCGCUUUGGGGAAUUUGAAGAUCUGAGGUUUGAUUCCUCAUAGCAACUCAGAUUUGUUUAGACUAGAUUUGAAAACAUCUUUCUUUGAAUUAAAUUAUUUAUAGACUUUUAGCCUUUUAAAGGUUGAGGCCUGGUCAAAGCUUGGUAAAUAAUGUGCUGGACAAAAAUGUUUAACCUUUUUCACCCCGAUAUCAGCAUAUGUAUUCUCCAUAAUGUUCUCUACAUUUUGUAGGGUUCUGUCAAGGAGAAUACAUUAAACAAGCAAGAACUUCUUUAGUCUGUUAUCAAUUCCUUUAUUCUUGUGACCUUACUGUGUGGUUCAUGUGUGAUGUUGUAAAGAGAAGUUGGAUGCUAGACACUCAAAGCAUCUAGCGUCAGUUUUAGCGGAGAUCCUUCAUAAACCCUUUCCCUUUUUUUAGUUUGAUUUUUUUUAUAUGCUUUGGAAUACUUAAGACUGAAUUAUGUUGUUUUGUAGUCACAUUGGGUGUAAGCUAACAUUGAUUAUUGUAUUAUUUGCCUUGUUGUAUUAUAAGUUAUCAUUGACCCUGUCAAUGUACAAGGUUUACCUGAUCCAUCAUUGUUUUUGUGAUUUUGAACCUUAUAGGCCACGCGAUGGUCCCCCUCCCCCCCGUAGAGAUCACAUGCCUCCCCCUAGCAGAGGACCCCCUAGGGGACCCCCAGGAGAACCACCCAGAGGACCACCUCCACGUGAGAGGUAAGGAGCUAACUGCUUUCACCUAAAUUUACCAUUUAUUUACCAGGAUUUACCAAAAAUCCCACAGUUAUUGAAAUACUGUUAUAGAAAUUUUUGCAGCAGCCAUUUCUUAGUUCCGUACAGAAUUGAAUGCAUAAUUUACCAAUAACAGGUUUUGAUUUUUUGCAGGGGUGUUUAUAGGAACUGGCAACUGGCCAAAGCCUUUAGCCAGGCUGCCAUUUUAAGUUGGAUAUGUUCACCUCAGUUUAUUAUAAUUCAUGUUUAAAGUAUUUAUGAUUAUUGAAAUAGUUAAAAAGAAAUUUUGCCAGUUCUCUGUUUAAAGGGCAACUGAUUCAUAAUUUACCAGUAUUGGGUUAAGACUUAUGAAUCAUUACCAUAUCAUUGCUUUGAAGGUUGGCGUGACUUUGUGGAAUACCUGGUUGUAGAUAUGCAAUGUAGAGUACAUUUAGUGUAAACAAUCAUAGUAUUGAUGAUCAAGUCAAUUAAAAUUCAAUCAAUAUUUUUUCUAGAUAUGAUGACUAUGGGCCCCCUCCUGACCGUGGGUACCCCUCAAGGGAUUAUGAUCGUGGAGGCUACAGUGACCGCGAGAGGGAGAGGCCACCUAGCUACAGUAACGACUACUAUGGCAGCAGGUAUGAAGAAUCAUGCAGUGUUCAUGCACAGAACAUAACAUACAGUAGUUGUAGUUCACUCACAGAGAAAUACUCAUGGCAGAGGUUGAGCAAGUCAGCCACUCAAUCCCACUUCAAAAUGCGUAAGCUUAAAACAUUCAUGUUUGGUCACUUAACCCUUUAACUCCCAGAAGUGAUUAACAUAAAACUUCUCCCUACAAUAUCCAUACAUUCUUCAGCAAACAGGAAAUGAGAAUAUUCAAACUCAUCAGGUAGAAGCUGCUGUCUUGAUCUAGCACCAAGUUCUCAUAACAAAUUUUUAAGGAAAUGUGUAGCAGCUACAGGGGAGAAUUAAUGAUCAGAUCUUGGAAGUUAAAGGGUUAAAAGUCAGUUACAUUUCAGUAAUUACACUAAAAUAUAAAAGGACCAAGAAUCAUGCUAACAAGCGAUAAAUUGAACUUUACCACUUCAAUACGCUCUAAAUGCUAUUGUAGAGAAGUAAGUUUGAAAAAAUUAAGAUCGUGAUCAUGAAUUUUUCAAAACACCUCGUGGAGAGUCCAUAGUGUAGGGAAAAUUAGAUUAUUGGUGAGCUGACAUUGUUACUGUAAGAGAUACAGCAAACUAAAACUGCAUGUUAGUGCUGUGGUCAAAUGUUUUUCUUUGUUCUCAGAGAGAAAGGCUGAGGUUAGAUUCCUUAUGGAGAGUCCGAAUUAAUUUUUUUGUCCCCCGCACGGGACAAGACGAAAAACAUCUUUCUUUACAACUCUUUUCUUGAUUUGAAAAAUUUUCCAAGAGUUUCUUUUUUUUUUCCUUUGCCUUGUGUGGUUUAAAAAUUUGAGAAUAAGUAAAAAUUUGAACCAGCACCACAAUAUGCGAUACAAACCAACGAUGUUUGCCUAUGGAUUUCAGAUAUCCACCGCAUGAACGUGGUGGAGGUGGCAGCAGUGCAGGUGGUGGAAGCAGUUACUCCAGCAGUGAGCGUGGUUAUGGCCCACCCAUGGAUAGAGGUUACGGCAGCUCAGACCGUUACAGUAGUGCCGAAAGAGGAUACUCCAGUGACAGAGGUUAUGAUGACAGGUAAAUAGUGUCUCUUACUGUAGACUUUCAGUUACCUUUUGAGCCUGCGUUCUUCUGGCAUUACCCUUAGACAAAGGGCGCAGUCUCUUAUGACAGACGGUGCCGUUACUGCUCCAUAAGUGGCGAAUUCGCGAAUGCCGUGUUAAAACAUGGUGAUGAAUGAUAGUCGGUUUCUCUAGCUUCUUCGUCUUUGUUGUUUAUGAAGCGAAGUGCCGAACGAGAGAGAGAAAACCCUUCAUUUAGCUGGACAGAUUUACUUUACUGACUUAUCAGUAACCUCGAUGGUAUUGCAGGUACUCAGUAAAGUUACAAAUUCUCUUAUAAUGCUUCAUUAUCCAACGAGUGUCGUACUCGUAGUCGUAUCUAUGUUAAAAGAAAAAUAAGCUGGUGGCUGGCCCUAAAGCACAAUGCACUGUGUAACACAUCAGUUUUUGUUUAUUAGGUAUGGAGGCAGCACUGGAGGUUCCGGAGGCGCUUCACAUGAUCGAUAUCUUCCAGAGAGAGGCAGCUAUGGUGGUGAGCGUCAGGAAAGGGGUGGUUAUGACUCUUAUGGCAGUAGUGGAGGAGGCUAUGGAAGCAGUGAGCGAGGUUAUGGUGGACCCGAGCGUAGUUAUCCCCCACCUGAUCGUGGGUAUGGGCCCCCUCCUGAGCGAGCGAGAUCGGGAAGCUACGGUGGACCUCCCGCUGAAAGGCCGUAUUCAUCUGGAGGGUCCUAUUCCGGAGGUGAGUGGUGACGAGAAGAUGAACUCUUUCAACCCAGAGUUCGGUAAUAAUUUAUGUUAUCUCCAAAAUACAGACACUGAUUACAGAGGAGAUGUGAAUUACUUAAAGUCACAGUGCAUUGAGUCUGCUAAAUCAUUCUUAAGCAAGCCUGGUGUGUGGGACUAAUUCUACCUUGUAUGGAUGAAAAAAAAUUUUUUUUCCGGACUUCUUGCUAACAUUUUGGCUUUACUGUUCUUCAUAUUGGAAAUUUCGCCCCAGCUAUCGUGAUCUUUUUCAGUUUAGUCCGGGAAACGUGGCGCGAGUGUUCACUAAAAAUAUAUAUUUUUAGCACGGUUGCUGAGUUGUCAGUAGCCUCUUUGGCACAUGAAGAUCAUCAACCAGUCAACAAGGAAAUAGUGCUGAUGUGAGACUAGGGCAUGGGAACCAACCCGGUUGAAUUAGUGUUAUUCAAUUCCACCCUCCUCUCUCUCUCUUUCUCCCCCCCCCCCUCCAAGAUAAUGGAAUACUUGUAUGUUCUAAAUGAGUGAGAAUGCACCAGAUGGUUAUUUUGAUGUUGUGGUAACCUCCUGGUGGUUACUGCUCGGAUUUCUGACGGUGGUUUUUAUUAUGCUAUCAUUGUUUUGGAGAAAAUAGAUGUAAAAGCCUUGUAUCUCUCACCUCUCUAAAGAAUCUGUUACCUCAAAAGUAGGUUUAUGACCGAAUCAGUCGAAGUUGAAAAGCUACAUCCACUCCAGUUUAUAUGGUACUAAAGUUAUACGCGCUACAUACCUCGCUUUUUCAGUUACCAGUAAUUGAUUGUAUCCCAAUUGUUAAUGAAAGGGGAAUGGUAAAAUUUCGCUCAUCUUUACGCAGAGUGACAGCUUCUUGAUUUUCGUACUCCGUAAAUUCGCAUCCAUCCGGCAGUAUCUCGGAAUUGCUUAUUUGUUCACUGCCACAUUUAAUCUUACAGGGUAUUCAUAUUCAGUUCAUAUCCUGAAUCGAUCCACAGCGUAACAAGUUAGUCGAUGUGGUACAUUAAGUUGAGAGGCCUGUUUCCCUUCGCCGUCUCAUAUCUUGUACGUGUUUUUAUCUCUUUAAAGCAGGAAAAUCCGUAUGAUCUAUACAAGGUGUAGCGGUUAUCACCACUGGACAUACUGUGCCUCGUGCAUCAAAGUAUCAUUUUGUCCUGUAUGUCUAAUUGUGUAAUUUACAUUUCGUUUGAAGGCCGCGACUGGUGAUGAGGUGCCGAAUCGCGCUCUCCGAUCCUGCGGUGACCACCGAAGUUUCUUGCCGAUGCACUUUAAUUUGUUCCAGUUACAGAUUUUCCUCGUACCUUGACUGUAAAGUAAACGCUUAAGUUCGCUUAAUCAGUUCAUCUGUUGCCGAACCCAUCUUUGCAAAUCUUCGAAUGUCUAAUAACGAACUGAAAUCCGCUUUGUUAACGGACCUUGUAGAUUCUCCUCGAUUUUCGUACCUUCGGCAUCAUAUGUGUAUAUGCGUGUAGCUUGUGGAAUUUCGAAUGUUGCAAUGCAUAGCGCAGACUUAAAGUAAAUAGUAUCUUGCUUUCAUGUGCACAUUUUGACUGAACGAAUCGCCGUUUUUUUAGCAAUUUUUAUGUACUGAUUGUGAGAGGGCUUGGAGGUAGUGUUAAAAAUGCUUUUUUGCGCAAGUAGAGCUGUUUCUUUUUAUUGCAAAUAAAGAGUUGUAUCCUGAAAAUCCGAUGUUUCAUUGAUUGCCGACUCGAGUUCAAGCAGCUACGAUGUUCGACCGCUGUGGUAAAAUGCAAUGUCUUAAACUAACCGGUACAUAGCUACGGAUAAACUGAAAGCUGCGUUCGAAAUAAAUUUUUGAAGGCUUUUCUAUUUUCAUCUAUCGUUGAACUCUGAUUGUUUAGCUCGGAGCACUGCCUCGCUUCCAUUUUCCGACUAUCUUCAUCUACUGUCUUUUCAUGAGCACACAAGAAGCCAGCCGGUUUCACGGCGAUUCUGUCUUCGUCCCUUUCUGUCUAAGUAGGAAAACUUCGAAUGCAAAGAAACAAAUUAAACAGUUCGACAAGUCGCAACAUUUGUGAAGGAAGUUGAGGUCCAAUCCUCCGACUAAAAGCCUUACCACAUCAACUGUCAAAGGUUCGCAAUGUCGUUCAAAAGACCUUGACGAGGUGUCUUCUCGAUCCCUGUACUUUCGAUCAUCGAAAACGAUGGCUUGCAGUCUUAUCCGUAGCUAUUCUGACGGUCUGUUAUAAACUGAAUAUUUGCAUGUUCUUAAACUGAUUACGUUCGUCUUACUCUCAGCGGAGAGAGUGCAACCUUCAAGCAUUGGCUGCUGUAUAUAAUACAAACAUUCAAUUGUUGUAUUAUCACGCAAGGCCUCAUGUUUCGAGGGCUGCAAGAUUUAACUAAGCGGCUUCGAAUUUCUGGCUAUGAUGAAUUUAAAGUUUCUUCUCGAAACGAUCACCUUGAUGCCUUAAAUUUAUGUCGAGUGGUCAGUUAAAAAUUUAACAAGUCUACAUGACCAAAAAACGUAUGUAAUUGUGAAAUAUGGUAACUCUAAUAACCAAUUGAAUCCUACGCGUCGAUAUGCACGGUCUUUACCGUAACGUCUGUCGAAUCGAUGUUUUAUUUGACUCCGUGCAGUUUGACUUACAAGAUUGUGAUAAACUAGUUGCAUAAACAGAGGUUUCACAGAGAGAAAAUCUCUCUUGUCAUAAACCUUCGCGCAUUGUUACCUCUGCCUCACUUUCAUGGUCUUUCUUUUUGUUUCCCUUUUUCUCUUCCAAGUAUUUAACCCUGUACACCCUCACGUGGUAUUCUUAUACUUCACACUGUUAUCUUUACUUUUCUUAUGAUACUGACAAAGAGAAUUUGUUUGACAAUCACGAUGUUUUAAAUUACUUAUCAUUUCCUUUAUAAAAGUGACCUUUACAUUUGAUUCAAGGGGUAUACUGUAGAGGAUAUUAGAAGCUUGUCACUCUAAGGGCCAAAAGGUUGAGUGUAACGUAGAAAAAAUUAUCCAAAUACCUUAUUUCCUCAAAUAGGCGCCCGUAGUCGAAUAAGCACCCACCCCCUGGGCCAAUAUAUCAAACAAGUGCCUUUCUCCUCUCGAAUAACCCUUGCCCUUCCCUCACUUUUCUAACCAGUAUUAAGGAAAGGAAGACCUGUUGCUAUUACCACUUGAUUAAUAACUUUUUAAGCCUCAACUACAGCUGAAUUAGUGCAGGUUCAACGGUUCUUAAUUGGCGCCUUACUUCCAUUAAGCGCUCCUCUUUUUAGCCAGAAAAUCAAAUAGGCGCUUAUUCGAGGAAAUACUAUACUCCAUAGGAGAUUUGAAGUAGGGGGAGUCAGGGACGAUUAUUUGAAUUUAAGAUCAUAAAACGGGGUUAAACAACCCAAGACGAACGUCAUUUACCGAUGAAUGUCAUACCACAGCCCUUACAAUUCCUAGAUAAAUUAAGUUCUAUCUUAAGUCGUUGAUUGUGAUGAAUGCGCUCAAACUCCCAGCGAUUGAAGGUAGGUAAAUUGUAACCGCUAAACUACCGUGUUUUGUUGCCAAGGUAAAUCUUACAGUUUCCCCUCUUUCUGGAAACUCUUUUUAACGUGCCGACAAAUUGCCAAACCGUUCAAACACCGCAUGAAACGUCGUGUGGUUGGCGAAGUUAGUUCUCUUGCAUCUGGUAUAUAUGAUCGGUCGAAUGAUCUAUCAGUGAGCGAUGAGUAUGUCAGUUCUUGUCCGAAUCAGCUUGUCGAGAAAUUAAGCGAGUUUAAGCCAUCAACUGAGGCUAACCUUUGUUUUUAAGCCAUGCAGUCAUUUAUCAGUUAUUAGGCUGAAACCGAGACUACUAGUCAGUAGUGUAUUGUGAUCUUCUAGGUGAGACUUUCACGGUAAGGACUGUUAUUAUUAGUAGUAGUGGCUGAAUGUUUGCCAAUCUAAGUGGAAGUCAGCGUGAGAGUUAACUGAGGAGCUGUUCAUCAGUCGCCUUUGAGAAAUUGUGCGGAUGGCCUCUUCAUAGGCUGUUGGACCAUAUUCUCUUAGUUGUUAUUCAAGGCUAUUCAAGUCAUCUCGCUAAUUUCGAGUGUGUGGUAGAGUUUCUUUUGUCUUUGGUUUGUGCUUUAUUUCAGCACGGAGUAACUUUUUAAAGUUACUUUUUAUUUGAGUUAUUUUCCAUAUCCACGCCCGUUUUAUUUCAGCAGUUGACUUUCUUAAGGUUUACUUAACAUUUACGUUCGCAUUUUUCAAUACCAUGUGAACAAGCUAUGAAUGGCAGUACAGUACUAGUUGGGAAGCAAUGAGAUACCGCACCAUCGAGGGGCCUUGUUGAUUUCGUACGACUUGAUUGGUUGUAUUGUUGCGUCUCUGAGAGCCUGCAUUUAGGGUCCUUUUUUUUUCUGGUCCCUUUUUUCCAAACUCAUCUUAUUCACUAGUUAUUUAUUAAGAAUCAUAGUUGCGGAAAUCAGAGAGAUGUGGAAUUUUUUGUAUCCUUUUUGAAAUUGUCUGGUUUUUCUCAGUUUGCUAUACCAGGAUUACAACUUUUUAUGAGUGGAGACGCCGAAUGCUCUUUCAUUAUUUUUUUUUUUUUUACUUUAAAGCGAACGUUGGGCUAUUAUUACGGAAAUGAUCAAAAUACCACGAAGACGAGAAAAUCUCGACUGUGAUUGUGUAGUAAUUGUCAGCUUUACACUUUUUACUCCGUUCUUUAUGUGUUCUCCGAAAGAAAGACGGGCUAUCUAAUGCCCCCGUAUGCAUUAGCAAUUCACUCUUCUGGGAGCGUGUUACAGGAAUGGUGAAGCGCUCCAAAGGCGAGUCUAGUCGAGCGUUCAUAUUUGUUUCUCUGCUUGUUUGACAAAGAUGAGCACUGGAAAAUUUGGUUUUGUGGGUUAAAGUAUGAUAAUCGGCUCGGAACAAAAGAAAUUAAAUACAGCAGGUAAGCAGACGUGACCAGCCAUCCCAGACAUCGAGACGGAACACAGUUUACCAAGCCUUUGAAAUAGUAUUACUGAAUAUUGGUACAUCCUGGCAGGACUAUUACAUCGUCAGGCGAUCAAAUUUGUCUUUUGUAGUAAAGUCUGUUUUCGUCGUAAUUGCAGGACCUGUCAAGUUUCACUAAUCAUAACGUCGCGUUCCGGAAGACAGUUGCGUCCCUGCAAUCUCUUGGUUUUUUUUUUUUUUUUUUUUUUUUCUGUCAGUUUCGUGCCAAGCCUCUCGCCGCCGCCUGUUUCACAGCUCAGCUGCACGUACUGCAGCACUAAUGAGACCCUGUUCGCUGGCUAAGAUGUAGCUUAGAGAAGUUGUAACUAAAUUUAGACUCUUGGAAUAUGGAUCGCAUGUGAAUGCUGACAAUGGGGUACCAUACGCCUGCCGAGAAAUCAAUUGUGCGUUAUGGAGCAACACAGCGCCGCUUAAAUUUGCGGAUAACGUUUUCGCUCUAGAAAGGCAACUAAUCGUUCUAUCCUUGCCCGUCCCUGAAUUUCCUUAAUAUUUUCGUAAAGUUUUAAACACCCCCGAAAUUUCCUGUGUUUAUUCCUUUUGACGAAGGGCUAACGCUUUAGAAAUUUCACGCCGGUCAAUUUACAUUAUCAACUCAGUUCAUGAAACCGUUUUAUCUGUUUGGGGAAAGGCCUUCCCCCAGAGAUAAGGACAAAUAAGAAAUCGCUAUCUGUAGGGUUUGGAAUUGUAUUUCUAAAAGAUUCGUUAUUUUUGAAGUCGUAACUAUCUCAUAGGGAUUUGGAAUGUUUUUGAGUGCGUUAAAACAGAUGACGCUCUCUUUUUUUAUGACCCUGCAUUGUCAGUUCCUUCCAGCGGUCCGGAGGUGCACGGUUAGUUGCUAAGAAUUCGAGAGGUGGUCAUCUACAAGUCUGGUGUAUUGAAGAUACGCUGUUAGUGGCAGACCAUGUCAUUUGAAGUAGCAAUAUCGACGAAAUGUAGUAAUAAACCUUUCCCUCUUGUUUGUCUGUAGAUGAAUUGCUCUACAACACUAGUACGUCAUAGAUCGCAAACCUGCACUUUGUCAUUCUUGAACGAUAAUCGUUUUGAAAUAUGUCAGCUGUCGCAGCUGAGGUACUCUUUCGACAGAAUCCAGACUUACUAGGAUUUUAGGGCUUUUACUUGAAGAGAUCCGUCGUUGCUGAGGGAACCGACUAGACGUAUGACUCGACUUUUGUUAUCUAAGUGAGUAUCUUGUGCGGUGAAGUGUGCAAUCUCACGCCUUAUUUUUUGUACGCGGAAUUGAUUUCUAACGUUAUCAAAACAUGGCAAGUCUUUUGUGCUGUGAAGAGGCCAAUUUCUUGUUUUAGUUUUUUUAUGCUGAAUUUCUGACUGACGGUGUUGAGAAAAACUGAGUCUGAACAUGGCGGGUCUCGCAAGAAAAAAGGGCGAGUUUCUGACCCCGCUUUUUGUGUAAGCAAUUCAUUCCUCACGGGAUGGAAAACAAGGAAGAAGAUGGCGAUUCCGUUGCAAGAAUAUUGGUCAAUUUUGUUCCAUGGCUUUUACUCGGAGUAAUUUUUCUAGAUAUGGCGGGUCUAUUUUGAAGAAAGAGGCUUAUUUCGUACCUUUUUUUCUGCUCGGAAUUGAUUUCUAACUGUCUUUAAGACUAGUCUAAACAUGGAGAAAUCACUGAAAACUUUGACACACCUUUUAUAGUCAACUUCAGCUCUUUUUUGGCGAGAGUAUGGGGAGAUUCUCUCAAGUGUCGUUUAUUGCUCAGUUAUUCGCGUUCUACCGAAUCUUAUUGUUGCUGUGAAGAAUUGUGAAACGUCGAGUAAAGUUGUUUAAAUGAUGUUUUGUACUUUUUUACUUUCUUUCUCUAAAACGUCUGAAGCACGUCACAAAGCUAAAGUUAUUUUUAUUAUUAGUCUUCCUCUUUUGUUGUUUCGAUUGUUGUUUUUUCCACAACAACUUUUAAACCUUGCUCAUUUUUGUUGUUCAUACAAGGGCAGUUUCUUCCAAAAGUUGAAAAAAAAUACGUAAAAAAAGUUUAAAGCAAAAUUCAGUCGAGAAGAUCAGAACUUUAAUAUAUAAGAUCAGAUCAGUUGAAAGGUCAAACGAAUGGUAGACAUUACACAUGUUGAUGUCCGCUUAUAAUUUUUUUUUUCUCAUUGGAAUUCACUGUACUUAAUUUCGUGCUAAAUGUCCGUAAACGCAGCUUCAUAUCAACAAGAGAGAAAUAAAAAAGAAUCACCUGAAAACUCAUCUGAACAGAGUCGGCUCUGCAACUUCGCACCCGAUCGCUCAAUAUUCUGGGUUUACCUGUAUUGAGAUCCAACAUACUUAAAAGUUGUAACUUGCUCUGUGAAAAAUGGACUAAGAUACAGGUGAUUACAGGAAUAAACCUGUACCCAAAAUCUGUACCUGAUAAUCCAUCAAUUCUUCCUUUCUCCUCAAAGAGGCAGUUCGAAGUACAAGUCGAAAUUCGUUUUUUUGAUAUUUUUAUAGUCGUGAAAGAAAACACCGCAGACUAUUGUUAAUGUCAUUUCCGUUUUAAGUUAUUUCUUGUGAGAAAGAAGAUUACGAUUGUUGAUUUUACCAGAGUUUUCAUCAUCAACAUGAAAGAAUCCGUGUUUGGUCAACCUGAGGGUUUUCAUGUCUCUUUUUUUUUUAUAAUUUAUCAAGGUGGACAAGUUGCUGCUUGUUCGAAAGUGGCCGAUUUUGGCUCGGAAAUGAAAAUAACAGGAAGGUCAGAUUUUUGUGGUUAAAGGUAAAACGAAGUGACUUGUAAAUGCGUGGGAACCUUCCGAUGGCUUUGUUUUGCAAUCGGAGUGUGCUUGUAAAGACUUUUGUUUUUAGCGGGUGUGUGAAACAAUGCGCUAAAACAAAACACACUUUCGAAACAAAGCUAAACACGUGCUCUGGAAUAUGGCCUUGUAAUGUUUUAUUUACAGUGCGAUUUAUGGAUUUCACAAUGCCUCCGUAGAGCCACAAUGUAUCACGUCCCAAGUUCGUGUAGGCCAUUCCAAGAGUCGUUUGUUUAUCUUGCACAGUCAAUUAGCUCAAAUCGUUCUCACGGCCUCCGACUAAGCUGGUUUUAAGUGUCUGCUGUAAUAACGGAAAAAAAAAACUGGCAUUCGCCGUCUCUAUUUAUAAUCUGUCUCUAAUAUGCCCGCCAGACUUCCAGUCUCGUUGGUUAAAUGGCUUUUAUACGUUAUAAUUACUUUAGCAUUUAACUUUUUGGUUCAGUAUACCCGUCCUCACGCGCGCUUCGAACUUGAAUGCCGACUCUUGCUGUUGGCUAUCCAAGUCUGGCACUAUUUGCAUAACGCAUGCUGAGAGGGUUUUGUUUCGCACAACAAGCGACCAAUGGCAGGACUGCGUUCUCACGCUCUCUUUCUCAGCUGCCAGCGAACGCCAAAAUACCAUUCAUGCGACAAAAAUGCAGGCUCUUUAAAACAAAAUGCGAUGAUAAUAAGCCGGGGUUGGGAACUUGUAGACAAGGAUUUUCCCACGGCUCGGAAGGUAAAUAAAACGCCAUGUUCACCAAAGUUCACUUUCAUUUGUCCUUGUGACGAGUCGAAGGAGGAGAUCGUGAAAAUUGCUCAGACGUUGUAGCCUCGGGGAAAAAAAAGCCUUAAAAAAGAUAGGGAUGGUGCAAGAAUCUACGAAACUGGAAAAGGAAAAUGAUUCAGAAAACCGGAAGGUAUACAAUGGUCUGGAUUUUUCUUACGAAAUCCUGAUUUUUCGUAGCCAUGCUUACCUUCGCUUCUUUUCUUACAUUCGCCUCUGGAAAGCUUUCUUUCAAAAUAUAGCGUGUGUGAAACAUUUUAAGUCUAACUAGCUUGAGGAAUAUAGCUGUCAACAACCUCUUAACUAAAUUAAAAUCCGUCUAUUUUCGUUUUAGUGGUCUAAACCAAUUAUGGAGAAGAGAAGGCGCGAACGAAUCAAUCGAAGCCUAGAAGAACUGAAGAGAUUAGUGCUAGAGGCACAGAAUAGAGAUGUAAGUAUUUGCUGUGUCAGCAGAAAUGUAUCUGCAUUAUUUUAGAACAAGUGUUCGAUGAGGGUCGCAUUCAAAUGAAGUAAAUCUUUUGUUCAUUUGCUGCUUGUAAAUUUAGAGGAAAUGUUAAAGUUACUGGCGCUAUAGGCAGGUUAUCAUAGUGGCCCUUUCUGUUUUGCCAAACAUUGGAUUCCAUCAGUUUGCGGUUGAUAUCGCGGAAUCUUACCAAAGAAGUAAGACAUAUGGGUAUUUUUUGUACCGCGUGACUGUACAAAGUCUAUACAAGUUGCGUUUUAGCGUGCUUUUGCAAACAAGCUUUCUGUCAAUCGUAUUUAACAUCCGUGACAUCUGUUUUGUCUCGAGGAAAGAAAGAGACCGUGAACUGUCGUGAGUGGGUUAAUGAAAUUAGAGUAUCAAUGAUGUUAGCAUUUCGUGGUUGAGACGAUGGGGUCUUUCUCUCUGUUAAGGGUCGUUGAAGAAAAUUCCAGUUUAACGCUCCAAAAACAGUUUAAGUAAUAAAGUUUGAUUUCAAAAUUGAUAAUUGCAGAGUUCUCGGUACACAAAGCUGGAGAAGGCAGAUAUCCUGGAGAUGACUGUCCGUUAUCUACGUAGUCUUCGACAUCACCAACGAGCAGGUAAAUUUUACCUCCUCUGGGAUAAUGACACGUUAAUAUACAACUAAUAAAUGUCAGUACAUGUUGCCGUUAUUUCAAUUGCUCAAUUGUGAAUAGUUUAUGACUAGUAGUACGUUUUAAGCAUUUUAAGCUUAUGUCACUAGAUACGACAGGUGCAACCUGUAACAUUUGGAAGACUUUUUAAUCUCUCAAUUAUUAAGUAAUGAAGACAUUGACGUGGGUUGAAAAACAAAAGAAUCAUUGUGAUGUUUAUUAUGUUAGGUUGCAAAAACACCGUCUACGGCUGGAAAAACUUAAAAUAUACCUUUAUGUACAAUAUAAAAGUUGAAAAAACUCGUGGCAAGAACGCUAUUAGGAACAAGUAAAAGUAAUAUAUUUUUUGGGGGGUUAUCUUUACUAUGGUUCGAGCAAGAAGCAGGUUCAUUAGCUUAUGUGUCUUAAUUCUCAACCGCUUCAGGAUGUUUAAGUGAGUCGCUUGUGUAUGGUCCAUUGCUUUGGGGUUUUUAACUCGAUAACACUAACUCUUAUACUGCGGCUUUAGAUUCAUUGAAUUGACCUAGAGGCACGCUGUAAAAUACUAUUUUAUCUCAACUCCGUGGAUAACUCGAUAAUUCGAUUUGAGUUUGAAAAUCAUCUCGUCCGAGAAAGCUUCUCUCUCAAACAAACAAAACAAUCUAAUCCAUUUUAAGCGAUGAUCAAAAGAAACCCUUGUGGUCGAAAGGUCAUCUUGAUAAACAAAUUUAGUUUAAAGUCCUCUCCAUUUUGAUACUGGUAGCCUUUUUUGGGAAGAUCUAAUGGAGUUCAAGCAGAAGGAAGGCCAAAAAGCACUGAUUAGUUUGUGUGAUUCUUUGAAAGCCUGGAUAGAUUUUGCAAUUUACCAGAAAUAAUUUUUAGAAAAGAGAGAACAACUUGAACCUUAAAAAUUCAGUGAUUCAUGUUCAUACUUCUUCAAGGUUUCUUUUCUUCUUUCAGUCGCCAUGCUGCUUUACUGUGUGAAAUAUUUUGAUUUUGAGGUCUACGCCAGCCUUUUACCAACGAAAAAAUUAUUAGAGUAGGGCAAGUGUCCUCAGUUUAUACAGAAAAUCCUCUUUCCCUUACAGUUUUGCGUUUUAAAAAUGUUCUCUGUUUCUAGUGAUGGCGACUGCCGACCCUCACAUGCUACUCAAGUACCGCGCCGGCUACAGUGCAUGCGUGGCCGAGGUGUCCAAAAACGUGAUUGGGGACGAUUCCUUGGAACCUGAUGUAAAAACUCAAAUCCUUUCUCAUUUAACGGGCUGCCAUGCAAGUCAGAGGGGAGCUGGUGACAUUACAAUACAGUCGCCCGCAAGAUAUCCAUCAUCAGUUCACUAUGAGAGCACUUCGGACCUUUCCGUGAAGGAACAAAGACGGUUGUUACCUAAGGACACUACGAAUUCGCAUGCAUCCCCAGCUCGUACCACAGUUUCUCCUUACAUGGUUCAAAGCCAUCGAGUACUUUCUUCACCAGGGACCAUUCCUCUGCAUUAUGUCCCCGUCUUAGGUACCGACUCUGGGACCUCUUCAGGAUUGUACCACGCGCUGGUCCCAAGUGUAUCUUCUCCCGGUUUACACCUCACAGACCCUUUGUGGCGACCUUGGUGAUCAAAGUUGCGAAACAUUUUUAUCAAAUAUUAAGGAAUAGAAUUAUAGCGUAAAUAAGGAGUUUAAAAAGAUGGCUAAAGUAAUCGCGUUUAUCUCCGAGAGAAAGUUUUCACCUUAAAUUUAGACGCUACAUGUGAGAAAUUAAUUUUUAAAAAAAUACACUGCUAUUCAAUAGGUCUCCCUUACGUCUUUCUCCCAAACGUUUAAAUUCACUUGAAAAAUCGUAAGGUAUUGAUGUUUUCAGCGUACAAUUUAGAUUGGCUCAAUUCGAUCACUCCAUUAUCGCAUUUUUAACACGCAUUUCUGUAAAACAGCGACUGAGCCGACACAAUGAAAGUUAGAAAUGAAAGUAUGAGUAUUUUUACCUUGUUGUUCCAUGAUGCAAAAUGGCAGAUGCUUGAGAAAUAAUGUAAAUAGUAUCGAAUGACUUUAGAAUUAAAGCAAGUGC